ACAAGCACAUUACAGCACUUCAUGGCGGACCUAGAGAGCGACGACGUGCGGGUGGUCCAGAAUUCGCAGGAUGUGGAUAUCUCCGACGAGACUCAAGACUUCCGCUUCUUGAGUAUUUUCAGCAAACCUUCAGACCAUGCAGCGAUUCCUAAGCGUGGUGAAAAAGACUUUGAGCCCAAUGGAACUGAUCUCCAAGAUCAGGUCCUUGCGGAGUCUCGACAGGCGAUGCACGAUGCUUUGCGUGGAGAGCGGAAACACAGUGUCAAGACGCACGUCGAAGGAAUUUGGAGACCGGACAAGCAGUUGACUGAAGUGAUCCUUGCGAAAGGACCGCACUUCAAGUCAGUCGGAAAGGCGGAUAGCGGGGGCGUGCUAUGGUUGCUGCCUGAAGAGACGAUAUACAUGGUCGAGCGUGGAAGCAUGGAGUGUUGGUGGGAGGAAGGCGUGCCAAUGAGCGUACAAGGCGCUUAUGCCACCUGUCUUGAGGGCUGUGGUGGUCUGGAGAGAUAUCAGGUGUACGCCUACUUGAAGAGAGCGGGAUAUAUCCUCAAUCGAGCUCCAACAUUCUUAGAUGACGAAGAGACGGAAAAUGCGCAGGGGAGGGAGAUAAUGACCAUAAGAGCAUCCACCGCUGGAAGACCUGGCAUAUUCGCCCAAAUAUACAACAUAUACAACGCUUUCUUUGGCCCACAGCCGUCUGGUCCCCUGGUAUCACGAUGCGUUCACCGCACAUAUGAGUCUAUCUACCGGAAUCUAGCUUUAAUACCCUCUCAUCAUCCCCCGCACCAGGCAAUUCCCUUGAAUAGCAGUGACGCACGUCUGCCGUACCGCAUCGCAUACCAUGUAUGGAAGCCGCAGCCAAACUUCAAGAAGAGCGACCCUCCACCACCGGACUUCCGUAUUGCGGUGGUCAACGCCAGAGACAUGGGAGUUCCCACGUUGGCACAGCUGUCUGCGCUGUUUAACUCUGUGCCGAUCGAUUCCAGUGCCGCGGGCAAGAACAUGUUUCAGAAGCUGAAGGAUGGCCACAGAAAUGUCAUCCUAGCGGUUGUGGACGCGGGUGUGACCAGUUUUCUCAAAUUUGGGGAUGUGGGAUUUGCAGAUGAACCUUUAUACAUGAGGAAGCCGGCAGGGAGGGGAGGAAAGGGCGGACGCGGAGGACGAGGUGGCGGAAGAGGUGGCCAGGGCGGAAGAGGAAGAGGCGGGCAGGGUGGGAGGGGGCGGGGCAGAGGUUAA